UGUCAACUGAAAGUGAUUUUUUAAAAUUGUUUUUGGGUGAAAGAAGGAAGGGGAGAAAGUAAAAGUGAGUUGGCAAUACCUUUACCCGAAGCGAUAUCUUCUGUUCAGACAUGUUUACGUUGAGAUGAAGAAAUGUCGCACUCGUGCACGCUUGAACUUGCCCUUCAGGUUGUUACUAGCAGCUACCCGGACACACUGACUAUGAAUUGUCUUAUAAAAUCGAGUGGAUACUAAAUAUUUAAGGUGAACCUUGGCUUCCUCGUCAUUGUUUUUCAUCUUUGCAUUUGCUUUCAAAGUCAGAGUUCUGAAGUUGAGAUGUCGAAGGAUGAGAGGGGGAGGGGCGGAGAGACGGCACUUCAGAGGUACAGGUAGGUCACGUGUGAGUAAAAGACUGGGUUAUGUUAUGUUGUAAUCCCCACAGAGGAUAGUGACUUUGAGACUGGAUAUCACUGUCACAGAGCGUCUCCUUUUUCAUCGUCACAAUUCAGAGGAAGCAGCAGCAACAACAGAGAGGCUGCAGACACCAUUGGUCCAGAGCAGGAUCUGGUGUCUAAACCGGUUCCCAAAGGGUGGUGCUGCUUUGGGUCCGACCCAACUCGCACAGCUUUACCAAUCAGGUCCCCGAACACUGUUAUCAGGUGACUGUCAGCCUGGUGCUGAGGACACCUCAUUGGCUAAACUGUGUACUUGAAAUGAUUUAUUGAUUUUUAUCAAUAUUUUUUUCCUCCCCGUGUUUCAUUUCUACGCCCCUGGAUAAGGCAAAACUUUGGAUCAUUUUGUUUCACAAUGACUGAUCGUCUCAAAAGGCGACACACAUUCCAUUCAUUCAUAUAUUUUGUGUGAAACACAAAUAUGAUUGCGCGAUAUUGGUGUAUUUUUUUCAACAAAAUACUAAUAGCUCAAUGGAAAACGCGAUCCCUGCAUGUACAUUUAUUUGACACUAGAUGGAAGCAGAGACGAACCUGCCACUCUCUUAUCUUCCCUCCUUGUAAAACAGGCUUGUUUGGACCAGGUGAACCUGACGUGAUGAGUUCAGUGCAGCACACAUAACCAGAAUCACAGGUCAAAGUGAGAGGCUUGGAAACUCACCUUCUUCCCUGCUGCACCUUAUUGGCAGCAUAAACUUGACUAUUCCUUCACCGUUAUAUUGGUGUGUCGUGAGUAUGAAUGUCCAGAUCACCUAUACCCUAUUGUUAACCCAACUGGUGGCAGUGUUGGGGGGCAGAAUCCUGGUCUUCCCAUUGGAUGGCAGCCACUGGAUAAACAUGAAAAUAAUAAUCGAGCAGCUGCAUGGAAGAGGUCACGUGAUCACAGUCAUCCGACCCCCAGACAGUUGGUACAUCAGCGAAGAGUCACCUCUGUACACCUCUGUCAACCUCCCGAGUCCAGGAGGAUUCGAGGAUAUCCUUGAAAAUCUUUUGUCUGACGGAAUAGAAGCUUUGCUCCAGAGUGGAUCUGAAUCUUAUUGGUCUGAAGCCUGGAACGAAAUUAAAUUUAGACAACUUAUCUUGAAUCAGAUGUCAGAGUUACACAAGAAAGCGAGUGAGGAGCUUGAUCUGAUGUUUUCCAAUGAAACGCUGAUGCGGUCGUUUGAAGAUGCGAAAUAUGACGUGGUUUUGACGGACCCUGGUAUCGGAGGGGGAGCAAUGCUGGCUCGGUGGCUGAAGGUUCCACUUGUCUUCAACGUCAGGUGGACCAUUCAGGGUGAGGGGCACUUUCUUAUUGCCCCCUCACCUCUCUCCUAUAUUCCCUUUACUGCCACUGAGUAUUCAGAUAAGAUGACCUUCCCUCAAAGAACCAUAAAUAUUCUUAAGUAUUUAAUUGGCAUGUACACAGUAGCAUCACUCACUGAACCUUACUACAAACCCGUGGUGCAACGCUACUUUGGUCCUGAUGUGGAUUAUUCAACCUUCAACCUUGAUGCUGAUAUAUGGCUCAUGAGAAACGACUUCAUCUUUGAAUUUCCUCGCCCAACAAUGCCUAAUAUCGUCUACAUGGGUGGCUUUCAGUGCAAGCCCGCUAAGCAACUCCCAGCGGAUCUGGAGGAGUUUGUGCGGAGCUCUGGAGAUCAUGGGUUCAUCAUCAUGUCACUGGGGACAUUAGUCAAGAAGCUGCCGCAAAAGAUCACUCAAGAAAUUGCUGCGGCUUUCGCCGAGCUUCCUCAAAAGGUCAUCUGGAAGUAUGGGGGACCCAAGCCGGCAAACCUGGGCAACAACACGUUACUGGUCGAUUGGUUCCCUCAGAACGAUCUGUUAGGGCAUCCAAAGAUAAGAGCCUUUGUUGCCCACGGAGGGACCAACGGGGUCCAGGAAGCUAUUUACCACGGCGUCCCAAUUGUUGGACUUCCUGUAGCCUUGGAUCAGCCGGACAAUCUCUCAAGAAUCAAGGCGAAGGGAGGAGCCAUCAACCUGCACAUUGGCAAGAUGGACAGACGCAGCUUUGGUGAGGCUCUGAGGACUAUAAUUCACAAUCCAUCCUACAGAGAAAACAUGCAGAGACUCUCAAAGUUGCAGAGAGAUCAGCCAAUGAAGCCACUGGACAAGGCUGUGUUUUGGAUCGAAUACGUAAUGAGACAUAAAGGAGCUCCUCAUCUGAAGUCAGAGUCCUUCAAAAUGUCCUGGGUGGUCUACAACUGCAUUGAUGUCAUCGCAGCUCUGCUGGCACUGUUUUUGUGUAUCAUAUUUUCCUCUUGUGCAUGCAUCCGAUUUUUGUGGCGGCUGUUUCUCUCCACGGGAAAGAAUAAACAGGAGUGAAAUAUUUUGUUAAAUGGAAACUCAUGUCAAGCUACUAUAUAUCAGAAAUCAUGUUGCAUGUUUCAUGAAUGAAAGAUAAAAUUAAUACAAUGUGUUUUCCUUUAUGGCUGCAUGCGUGAAAAUAAAGCUCA